CCUGACUUUUACGUCAAACGUCAAAAUACUGUGAUGGAUCUGUGAAUUGUUUGUUUUUAUAUUAGGCGCAAAUUCACGAUUAUAUGGCUUUGAUAUUUGACUUAUGUCUUACGACGAUCCGGAAGAGGCAUGUUUUAUCUAAGUGUACGGGAGAAAGGUGCUGGUUUAGUUGUAAUCAGCUGGAUUUGCCUGGCUGUGCUGUGCGCCGCAUCUACUGCACCUUGUGACAAAACUCGCAGAGUGUUUACCGAUCAAAGUGGAAUUAUCACAGAUGGACCGACUAAUUCUAACUACACACAAGAUUCCCACUGUGAGUGGCUCAUCAAGGCAGCCAAUAAGAGUCAGUACAUUACCCUAAGUUUUAUACGUAUGGGCACAGAAUGUUCCUAUGACUAUGUUUUUGUGUAUGACGGAGACUCAUUUGAUGCUCCAUUGCUGGGAAGUUUCAGUGGUAAAACUGAACCACAAAAUGUUACCGCUUCUAGUGGAUUUAUGUUGAUACUAUUGUAUAGUGAUACAAACUAUGUUCUUGAUGGGUUCCGAGCGACCUACGCCAUUCACAACUGCCCCAACAACUGCACUGGAAGGGGACUGUGUGUGUCCAACAAAUGCUUUUGUGUUGGCAACUGGGGUGGCCAGGAUUGCAGUGUGGAACUUUGUCCUAAUGCAUGCUCAAAUAAUGGACACUGUAAAGGGGACCGAUGUGUCUGUAAGAAAGGGUACUCUGGUGAAUCAUGUUCCUUAAAGAAAAAUGAUAAGGAAGGCAAUAGCUGGCACUGGCUGUCUCAUACAGAGAGUGGUAUGACCAAAAGGGCAGCCCACACAGCUGUCUACGUAAACCAUACGGACUCUCUAUAUGUCUUUGGAGGAUAUGAUCUGAAUAAAGUUCUGGGUUUACUUGAAGUUUACAGGUUUUCAACUAGUCAGUGGUAUGAUGAAAAUGGAAAAGUUUUACGUAGAUACCCUACAAAUGAAGAGAUUGACAAAUCUUUGUUGACUUUGUUUACUAAGGGUAAUGAUGAUGGAAGCUGGCAAAUCGGCAACAGAAGUUCAUUAUUCAAUUUAUUGUUAUCAUCAUUUUCGAAUCACGACAAAACUACAUUACCUCUAAUGUCCUCUCAUGCUCCGACGCCAUACUCAGAAAGCUAUUUACACUUCACGGAGCAACCAGAGGUUAUGAGCAGUGUGAUGAAACAAAACACAACCAAACCUGAACCGAGGUAUGGGCACUCAGCAUGCGCGAUCGGAAGCGGCUUCGUUCUCUACGGCGGCAAACUAUCAGACGGCAGCUUAUCCUCUGAACUGUGGUUGUACGACGCAGUACUCAACACCUGGACCCUAAGAGCAGCGAAUGCCACCUUCACCCCUCCUGGACUAACCCGCCACACAUUAACAGCAGUAGGACAUGAAUUGUAUUUAUUCGGCGGAAGUACCGUAGACGGAGAGUUUUCAUCAAGUAUGUACAGAAUUAAACUUGGUGAUGUGAACACAGAGACUUGGGAGAAGGUGCAAGUGCGAGGGGGCAAGGAAUUGGACGUGCGAGUGGUGGCGCACACCGCCGUCUAUCACCCACAUUCUAACUCUAUUUUGGUUUAUGGCGGUGUAGUCGCCAGUGUAGCCCGGUUUUCAAAACUUUCGGAUCGAAUGUUUGCCUUCGACAUAGACUACAAACAUUGGAGUGAAAUUCACUAUCCUCGAGCGUAUUUGCGAGAGACAUACGUACCGCGAGAAAGAGCGUUUCAUACAUCGACUGUUAUCGGAAAUUAUUUAGUCAUCUUCGGAGGAUAUUCUCAUCGCCAUAACAGAGAAGAGAUUUGUUACGAUGGUCAAAUGUACAUCUAUCACCUCGGUUGCCAUUCGUGGAUUCCAUUGGACGUGUUGGGUAAAAUCAGACGUUUCUAUCCAAAGAAACAGGGAGUUUUUGCACAUGCUGCAGCCCUACGUCCCCCUUCCACUUUGUUGAUUGUCGGUGGUUACCAUGGCAACGUCAACGGGGAUUUACUAGCUUACAUGGUACCAAGUUGGCAAGCAGGCAUCACGAAUGAUGACCCUGAGUCUGCUUGUCGCCGACAUCGUUCACAACCUGAAUGUCUUGCGGACCCUGAGUGUGGCUGGUGCUCUGCCGACGAUACUUGCUAUGGUAGAAGAAUUGGUGCCAAUUGUACGACCAAUCUACAGUCGAUUCGGUGUGGCGGUAUUUGCCCUGCCCUGGGCGACUGCCACUCUUGCCUCAUCCACGGACCGCCCCCCGGGAGACGAAACAACACUCGCACGCCCCUACCAUCUGUCAGUACUAAGCUAGGUCUGGACCAGUGUAACUGGUGCGUGCAAAAUGCUCGAUGUCAUCACAAAGAUGAUAAUUAUGGCGUGUGCGGAGAAGACACACCAUCCGAAAAUCCUGGCUGGUGGGGCUCCACGGGCACAGAAGUAACGACACCAGACGAAUGCAAAGUUCUAGACAAACGGCCCGGUCUCACUUUCCUUAGAUAUCAACAACCGGCCGAUUGGAACCAUCCAGACGGAGUGUCCGUAGUAAAUGCGACUACUGUCGACUGGGUAACCGGAGGCGGCAGCAACCAUAUAUUCAGCGGAGCGAGUGAGGCGCGGCUGCGAGGCUGGCUGCAUAUACCGCAGUACUGGAACGGCACAGGCGAAACCUUGCACAUAUGCGCCGGAUACUCGAACAUAUCUCUAGCAUUGGGAGACAGCACUGGGCCAGUAGCCAACCUGACAGCACAACCGUCAGCUUGCUCACUCGUUGACUGGCCAACGUUGUUCCCCGGCCGCCUUGCAGUCGACAUGCACGCUAAUGACUCAUUACACACCGGUUUAUAUCCGUCGCACCACCAUGCUAAAAUGGAGUUACUUCAUAACAAGUCUCAAGAAAGUGCCAAGGUAUUCACCUUCGAAUUCUUGGAGCCUUACUCGGAUGGCCAGUGUUCAAAGUAUGAUAACUGUCUCUUAUGUCUUGCUGAUGCUGCCUGUGGCUGGUGCGAGCUUACAGAUCGAUGCGAACCAAGAAAUACGGACGAGACGACUUCAUGCGUCGCUGAUGGAGAAUGGAGGUACCUCACCCUGCAGCCGGCGGCGUGUCCCAACUGCUCGAACUACAUCAGCUGCGAGCGCUGCGUGGUGGGCAACUACUGCGAGUGGUGGGCGGACGAGGCCAGGUGUGCGCGGCGCGGGCGCGCGGGCGGCGCCAUCGCCGAGCCCGCGCUGUGCCCCGCGCCCUGCCGCCUGCGCGCCGACUGCGAGCACUGUCUGGACGAGCGCGGCCGCUGCGUCUGGUGCGAGGCCACGCAGCAGUGCUUCAGCUUCAGCGUCUACACCAGCGAGUACCAGUUCGGGCUGUGCCGCGAGUGGCUCGACCGCGCCUCGUCGCCGCCCGACGACACGGUGCGCAAGUCUGGCCAGUGCAAGUCCUGUCGCCGCCACGUGCAGUGUUCGGCGUGCCUGCGCAGCAUGGGCUGCGGCUGGUGCUAUUCACACGAUAACCCGAUCAACGGUGCUUGUACCGAAGGUGAUUUCACCAGGUCACAUGCCGACUGCGCCGCUGUGUUGAACGUAACCUCUACUGACGCUGGUUGGGCGUAUGCACAAUGUCCUGACGUCGAUGAAUGCGGCCUCGGUCUGCACGACUGUCACGAGCACGCUAUCUGUAAUAACACACAUGGAUCUUAUAACUGUAAAUGUAAGCAAGGCUACAUCGGAGACGGCAAGAAGAGUUGUAUGCGAACCUGUUACAACAACUGUAUCCACGGUUAUUGCCUCGGUUCACCACACUUCAAAUGCAACUGCGACUUGGGUUGGACGGGAGCAGAUUGUUCUAUAAACUGCGGUUGUCAUAACCAUUCAACUUGUAACAAAGGCGUUGGCCGGUGUGAUGAGUGUCAGGAUUGGACGGAAGGCGAGUUCUGUGAGUCUUGUAAGCCGGGCAGCCAUGGCAAUGCAACGACGGGGCAGGGAUGUAGGAGGUGUGACUGCAACGACCAUGGUGAUGAGACGCGCGGAGUGUGUGAUGUUGCUACGGGCGAAUGCUUAUGCAAAGAUAAUACUGAGGGAUUAAAUUGUGAACGAUGUAAACCAAAGUUUUAUGGGGAUCCCAGACAUGGAGGUCGAUGCUAUUACCAGUGCGAGCCUAGAGGAAUGUUAAAUGCAACCCAAACCGAAGGCAUUGGUUCUUAUAAGACCGACCCCGACAUUAAAACUAUAGGACCUUCCAAAGAAUGCUUGUGGAUUAUAUCUGCUGAAGACAUAAAUGAUGCUAUAAUUCAGUUUACUAUAAAUUCUUCAACCUUCGAUGUUCCGUGUGACGAAAAUGCAGUAUAUGUUUAUGAUGGGCUUGGUGGCGUGCCUGAUCUGAGUAAUAAUCAGCAGAGUCAGUUGUUGGGUGUGUUUUGCAAUGGCGCUUCAUCAGGUGUCAUAGAAGCUCGCAGUGGAAAUCUGACAGUACAUUAUAAACAGGGGCAACCCGAUCAAGGAUUUGAGGGAAGCUAUAAGGUGCUUGCUUGCGAUGGCUACUGUGGGUGGCCAAGAGUGUGCUCCAAACGGCACUGUGUAUGUCGUGAAGGUUACGGCGGACCAAACUGCGAAGUUGAAAUCUGUCGUAACAAUUGCAGCAUGGCUGUUGGCGCUGGCGUAUGUGAUGCUAGCUAUGGAAGAUGCUUAUGUAAUGAAGGAUUUGGCGGAGACGAUUGCUCAAUCAGACUUGAUAAAACGCAACUUGUGUUUACGGAACUUUUCAAUUCAGAAUAUUUAUCUGAUGGUUUAGAUCAUUUACGAAAAACUCUACCCAGAUUCGGGCACAGCUUGGUAGCUGAUAGACGAGGCUUAUGGAUGUUUGGAGGUUAUUCACUCUCUCACGGCCCGCUAAAUGAUAUACGAUUUUUUGAUACGAAGAAUAAUACAUGGAUGCAAGUCACAGUAGAGGCGACCCCUGACGCUAAAAUGCCUGAAGGUCGCUAUUUCCACGCAUCUGAGAUCUAUCAUUCCAAACAAAACAUUUAUAUUUACGGAGGGUUAAGUUUACAAGAAAAGACUGGACAAAAUAAAACACUCGGCGAUUUUUGGCAAUUUAGUUUAAAGGACCAAAGAUGGAGUAACAUCCGAAACAAAGAUAAAGAUGGUUUGCCGCCAUCGCUUGCCGGCCAUACUCUGACCUUACAAAAAUAUUUAGAUUACGAAAGUUUAGUUUUAAUUGGCGGUUUUUCACUCGAAGACGGAUUUAUGUCUGAUGUUUGGGAGUUUGAUCUUGACAAUGAAAAAUGGAUUAAAUUGAAAGACGAAGGUGCUAAAAUUUCAGGAAUAAUUGGCCAUAGCACAGUCUAUCACGCGCCUUCACAGAGCUUAUAUGUGUACGGUGGUAUUCUGUAUACUUAUAACGGUACAUCUAUUUCUAACAAGUUAUACUCUUUUCAUUAUCCUACGAAGAAAUGGAGCGAACUUCCUACAUUCCCUUACAUAAACCAUGGAUAUGAUAAUUUGCCGCAAGCCACAUACUUACAUUCGGCCGUCACGACAAACGAUUACAUGAUCAUUUUUGGUGGGAGAACCGAUCCUGAGAAUAGAUCUGAUUCUCUUAUUGCUUAUCUGUACAGCUGCCAUCAAUGGAUAAGACUCGUGAAAGGUAUAAGUAUUGUUGGACAUCCUCCACCGCCUACAAUAGCUCACGCUAUGGCCAUCGAUAUAGAGACCGAGAACGAGGGUUACAUUUACAUAAUAGGUGGUUGGACCGGCAGCGCUCAUUGCCAAGUCACUCGCAUUUCUCUCCCGGAAGACCUGUGUUCAUUGUGGAGUUCUAACAAGUUUGAGUGUCGUGGCCAUAUGGGCUGCAGUUUCUGCAGUACUGGAAAUUACACGAAGUGUUUUUCGGUUGAGAAGCCUGGGUGCGAGGGAAGCGAUAGUGUUUCGGUGAACCCGGGUACUGUGUGUGACUCAGAGACUGUGUUCAUGCGCCCUUGUGAGAACUUUACAACAUGCACGUCGUGUUUGGCCGCGUGGCCCAUGUACCCUGAAGAUAAACCGGCUUGUCGCUGGUGUGAGUCAUGUGCUGCUGCUGUUGGCGAAUGUGUGUCUACGGAGGAGUCAUGUACCAGUCUUAAAUGUAACGCCGGCACUACUUAUAUCAGCAACGUUGAUUAUUGCCCGGAACUGAGAUGUGCGUCUUCGGACUGUGAGAAAUGUGUUUCUAAAGAAUGCACUUGGACUAGACAUGCAGUCAGAGAAGGUCAGCUUACCAGAAUAUCAGAAGACUCAGUAGAACUCUUUAAUUGGACCUGUGCGCUAAUAGAAGAACCGGGACGAAUAAGUCUGCGACCGACAAAGAAUGACGAGUGUCCAAACAGAUGCACAGUUUACGAUGACUGUCAGUCGUGUCUGAGUGCCGACGGCGGCGAGGGAGGGUUUGCCGAGUGCCGCUGGGCGACGUACCUGGGCAAGUGUAUAUCGCCGGCCUACCAACCGGUGUACUGUGCCGGUGGGGUGUGUGGGUUAGUCCUCACUAAGGCAGACAAGAGUAAGUGUCCGGCGCCCUGCGACACCUUCGAGCAGUGUUCCGAGUGUCUCCACCAUUCGCACUGCGGCUGGUGUGCCUUACAAGGCGCCAACGGCCAGGGCGUGUGUUCCGAAGGCUCCAUCGAUUCACCCCUCGACUACUCCACGCGCACUACCUGCGCUGCAGUAUACAAUAACGUGCACCAACAUAACAACACGAAUGACAGUUUCUCAUGGCAUUACACCCGAUGCCCGCCAGAAAAUGAGUGCGAGAAUAAUCAUCAUCAAUGUAAAGCUGAGUCUGAGGUUUGUCGCGACCUGCCGGAGGGCUAUGAGUGUGCGUGUGGUCCGGGCCACAAGCGCGCGGCGAGUGCGGGCGGCGGCUGCGUGGCGGUGUGCUCGCAGGGCUGCGUGCGCGGGGCCUGCGUGCAGCCCGACGUCUGUCGCUGUGAGUUCGGCUACGUGGGCGCCAACUGCACCAUCCAGUGUCAGUGCUACGGACAUUCAGACUGCGAGGGACCAGACAAACUAGACAAGUGUAUAGAGUGCCAUAAUAAUACAAUGGGUGACCAGUGUGAUAAAUGUAAGCCAAACUUCGUGGGCGACCCUGUGAAUAACGUCCAGUGUGUGCCAUGCUCUACCUACUGCCACGGACAUACAUCCAUCUGUACAAGUGAGGUAGACUCGUCGACGGCGUCUCGUGAUGUGGGCGGCCCGUCCGACGCGGACGACUUCUUCCGCGACGGGACCGUGGCUAAAGCGCGUUGCGUGCGAUGCGCUAAUAAUACCGACGGCCCGCGCUGUGAGCGAUGCAUAGAAGGGUACUUCAGAGGAUCUGAUGAUUUCAGGGAUCCUUGUAGACCAUGUGAAUGUCACGGCCACGGUGACACGUGCGACCCAGUAACAGGAGAAAAGUGUAACUGUGGAAAUAAUACAGAGAGUGACAUAUCGUGUCAGACUACAAGCUCUAGUAAGAACUCAGCGCAGGAGUGCUGGCGAUACCAGUGUGUGAAGUGUAAGGACCUCUAUAUGGGAGACCCGAGGAAUGGACACCAGUGCUAUAAAACAAUUAAUAUAGAGAAUAAACUAUGCUUUGAUGGAAAAUCAAUAGAUGAAUGCAAAAUUAAGCCACGACCGCUAUACCCCGGCCAAACAGUUUUUGUGGCUGUCAACCCGCGAUACAUGAACGUCGACAUAAGAGUGAUAGUGGAUGUAACUCAGGGCGCUGUGGACCUGUACCUGAGCCCUAACGACAGCUCCUUUGUGGUAUCAGUAAACUCCAGCAAUGGUGACCAUGCGGUCGAGUUAGACCCCACGUACCAUAAACAUGAGCCGAAUCGUAGAAUGCCAUCGUUUGACGAGCACGUGCCAGAGGAGCCUCGAGUAACCUGGUAUUACGAUAAAACUGAGUAUACACUUGCCGACUAUACGGCCAAGGAUCUUGCCACUUACGUAACUGUAGAUAGGAAGAACAUUCUGCUUCGUGUCAGAAAUCUGAGAAACAGGCUGGUCCUCACACUACCGCAGAAUGUUCACGAGCUGACACACACCAAGUUUUACAUCGUGAUUCGUGCGAGGCACACGGACGACGGGGCGGCGGGCUUCGGUGUGAUAUUCUUCCGUCAAGACCAGCUGCACAUCGACCUGUUCGUGUUCUUCUCGGUGUUCUUCUCCUGCUUCUUUUUGUUCCUCGCGGCCUGCGUUGUCGCGUGGAAAGCGAAACAGGCAGCUGACGUCCGCCGAGCGAGGAGAAGACACGUUGUCGAGAUGCUGCACAUGGCCAAGCGGCCAUUCGCAGCGGUAACGGUGAUGCUGAGCGGUGGCGUGACGUCAGCGGGACUGCGGCGGCGGCGCCCGCCUGACCUGCGCCCUGUCGCCAUCGAGCCCACCGUCGACGGCCGGGCGGCGGUCACAUCGGUACUCGUCAAACUGCCGGGCGGGUCCCGCGUGCCGGUGCGGCUGGCGCUGGCGUCGUCGCUGGUGCUGGUCUCGCGCGCGCCGGCCUCGCGGCCCCGCCGGGCGCCGCCGCUGGCCCGCCUGGCCGCGCACACCUAGGCGCCGCGCCCUGCUGCUGGCGCUGCUCAAUAAUGAAUCUCUGCUCAACGGAGCUCGAACCGAUAUUUCAGUUCAACGUAAAAUGUACGUAUACAGGCUGCGAUUGAUUAUUUCAUCACGGGCCGCAACAAUUUAAGUUAAUUUUCAAAAUAUUUAGGACGGGUGUUGUAGAUUUUUACGUGUAUGUAUAUAACGAUCGGUGAGUGGUGAGAUUGGUCUCCACUUACACAAUUUUUGUCGAGGAUCUGCCAUUAUCUUCGCUAUUUAUUGAAUCUCAUAACUGUGUCGUUUCGAUACGAGCGAGGAGCCAAAGGUAUCAAAAUUGAGCGCAAACUAUGCGCGGGUUGUGAAUAGCCGAUAUCUGCUAAUCUGUUGUGUUGUUUAAAUCGAAAUUUUAUUAUGUAAUGUUGAUGCGAAAUUUUGUUAAAGGAAUGUUAUUGAAUGUCUAUAUUAUGAGUUAGCUUCAGAUCUUUAUUUACAAGUUUUAGUAGUCUGUAAUAUCGCAGCUGAUAAUUUCUAGGGUACAUUAUAAAACUAUGUUCCUAUGGAUAGUUGAAUCUCUUAAAAGAUAUUAUUAGUUAUUUAAAUUUAUCUAUGGGCAGUUGUUUUCUAAAUUGGUUACAUUUAUGUAUGUUAUAUGUAUUUUAGAUAAAUUAUUUAGAAUCAAUUGUUUAUGGCAUCUAAAUAAGAAUAUAUAUCUCAAAGUAUUUUAGAAGAUACCAGGCAUAUUAGAGAAAGGAAGGUUUUUGUUUAUGAAGCUCUGGUUCUAUUUAAAUAAUGGUAUUUUUACUAAUUUUAUUGUUAAAUUUAUUAAAAAUACCGCCACCCGUUGGUCAAAAAAAAGUGCUUCAGCAAAUUUUUUCUUCAUUAGACAGUUAAUGAAAUAGACAAAUUUAUUUGCAUACAAUAUAUAAUCCCUGUCAAUGUUACCAGUUACAUUAUUUAGUGGGAAAGAGUUUUCACUCUAGUAAACCGAGACUGCUAUUCAUGUAUAACAACUUUCUUUUUUCUGAUUGUAUCAGACAUAUUUUAUGCUUUGCACACAUCUGCUAGCAUCUAUUACGGUGUUCACGUUAUGUUUGCCAUGUUUCUUAGUCAUAAAUCUCACAAAUAAGACAAAAAUAAACCUAAGAUAUAAAAAAUGUACGUACCUACCCAAUUAGGAACCAUUUUGUAUUAGUAUCUAUAUAUUUUCCAAACUCGAAUAAUUACGUAACUGCUGGUCAUAAGUAAUGUUUUACGUAUCUAUGGGUAUAUUAUGUGUGUGGUAUUAACACAGUAAUUGCUAGAAUACAUGUUGUUGUACCAGUUUUAGUUCGGCCGAGCGAAACGUUAGUCAAACGUGCAAUAUUUGUAAAUUGAGAUAUAGAAUUAGAUCAUGAAUACGUAUAUAUCUUUAAAAAAAUCGGUGUCUCAAAUUUUAUCGAUCUUAAGCGUCGGCCGGAUGUAAUGUGGCCAUGUUGUAUAUAGUAAAAAAAUACAGUAUUCUAUAGCAAAGUUGUUAGAUAUUUUAAAUUACGGCAGACAAUAUAGCCUCGUUUUCGAUACGUCUUAUCAGGUGUCCCAUGUAUUAUAAUCAUUAUGUGAAUAGUUCCAAUUUUAAAUGCUUGUACAGAUAUUAAAGCAAUUAAUUUUCAUGAUUAACUUGCUCAUUAGUAAUCAGCAGUAUUGUGUAAAUGGAUUGAUCAAUUAUUAUAAUGUAUAAGUAGAAGUGUAAUAAAUAAUUAGGUAGGAUUAACUUUAACAUAUUAAGAGAGUACUGAAUAUUGUUAUGGCUACAUUAUUAAGUUAAACAUAAUCAAAUGAAUUGUACUUGAUCAAAGGUAUAAGCCGAGUCCAAAUUACAUUCCAAUUGUAUAAUAUCUUUGUACAUAAAAUAAUGUGUAAUAAUUGUGAAUUACCAAAUUUUAGAUCAGGUAUCAAAGAGCUUUAAGGAUAUUUAUACUAAGAAAUUUAUUGCUCAUAACCUUCGAUUAGAACUUUCUGAUAUACAUUCAAAUGCAUUUAUAUAUUAUUUGACAAAGUAAAAUGGGAUUUGUUUACAUUGACUGUAAAAUACCUAGUUAGUAUCUCAUUUGUGGACAAAGUAAUGAGGGUUCUGUGUAACUUUAGAAAAUUAAGCAUAAGUGAACCAUGCAUUUUUAAACUAUUAAAAUUAUAGUGAAAUUAUUCGUGCGAUGUAAUGUGUAUAUGCUAUUAGGUUUAUUCAUAUGUAACUAGAUAGGGCUUCUAGCUCUUACAUUCUCAAUUUAUGCAGUAAUCUCUCUGAAAAUUGUUGUAACAAGUGUUAUUUAUAACAUGAUUUCGUCCUAUUUUAUGCUCAAUGAUAUAAUUAUUAAAGCCCUUAUAUCUGUUAGUAGGUAUGAAUUGCCAAAAUGACAAUGAGGUAGGUCUUCAUAACAGAAGUAUUGUAAACCACUUUUUCUUACUUGCUCUCACAAGAAUAGUGAUGUCCAUUCUAUAUAGUUACUAGUUUGUAUUAAUUAUUGAAUUUUAUUACUAGGUAUUGGGUUUACCUUAGAAAAAUAAGCAUAAUUUUAUUUGCUCAAAAUAUUUUUAUACGGAAUUAUGACAGCUCUGUAAUGCAUUUUAUGAAGGUAUAUCCUUUGUACAAACUUUCUGUAUCUGAUUCUUCGUAGUCUGCUUUUCUGAUGAACAUCAUGUUGAGCUAACUAAUAGCCAUCCUUGCUUUUCUUCAGGUGUGAUAUUAUUUUAAGUGUUUACUGUAACAACCUAUAAAGAUGCCCAUUCAUGUAAACAAUUAGAUUAUGGAAGUGUUUUAUUUGAUAGUUAUCUAUAUAUUUGGUACAUUUGAUUAUGUAAUCGUAUUUUUUGUAAAAUAUUAUAGUUAUAUUUAUAUGGGCAGCUUUAUCAAUAAAUAAGACUUAGGUGUGCAUUACAAUGUGAUUUCAUACAAGGCUUUUAUGUAAUGAACAGAUCUUUUUAGCACACCACUGUUGUAACAAAUUGUCCAUCAAAGACUUUCAACGCAAUAUUUACUUUCAUUUAAAUGGAAUCUUAUGGCAGUAUUAUGUACAAGCAAUAUAUAUAUUUUUGUUUAACCUGAAUGUAUAAUAAAUGUUUAUAAAAUAAAAUAUACUGUUGGUU